GACGAGUUCGAUCAGAAUUUAAAGAGAAUUUCACGUGUUGUGGAGAGAAUCCGUGACUGGUGGGCAGAGCAGGGAGCGGCGGCGGCGGGCUCGAGUGGGUGGUGCCCGGAGGGCGGGCAGCAUUCCCCGGGCAACGCGUCGGAUACGGGUACGGGUAAUUCAAGUACGGGUACGGCGAAGACUGGGAGCCAGAAGGGUGGCGAGCGGAAUGGUACGACGCACAUUGAGGAGGAGGAGACGGUUUACGAGCGAUCAGAAGGAAGUGGGGUUGAAGAGGACAGAGAGGGACAGGUGAGGCAGAACGGAAAGCGGAGAGCGGAGGUUGCCGCCAGUGAUAGCGAUCAACAUAGGGCUGCCAGCCGCGCGGACAGCACGGGUCCUGAAGCGAUCGCAAUAGAUCAGAGAGGAGGAAGUCCAGGCUCAGACGUCCAGUCUUCUGGAAAGGCUUCAUCUGGGGAGGUAACGCCCGAAUCCGGGCAGCCGGAGCACCUUCAUUCCGGAAUCGAAACGAAAAAUACCGGAAAAGGAGGCGUUGCCGCUGGAUCUGAUGACGUCGCUUUUGAACGCGGAGACAAUGGAACGGAGGCGUCAGCAAGUGCGCGCCUGUCUAAAAGCCACGCCCACAGUGGGCGGAGCCAUCGGAAACGAAGUAUAAGUGAGCAGGUUAUAUGUGGCGAUGAUGGACAGGACGUUUUUGAGAAAGAAGGCGAAGCGACGAGAAUGGUUUGUGAAUAUAUGAUAGUGGUAAUUUAUGCAUUCAAUAUUUUGGCCCUUUGGCCACGCCUACUGCGCAUGGCCUCAGCCCAAGCCUAA